GGUCGGCGGGGAGGAAGACGACGGUGGUGACGGACGCGGAGGCCUUGUGGGCCAUGCUCUACGCUGACGACGCGGCCAUCGUCUCGCGCUCGCCGGAGAGUCUCGAGAAGAUGAUGUCGGUCAUCGUGCGCGUGGCCGGCCUGUUCGGACUGAUGGUGUCGGAGCCAAAGACAGAGAUCAUGUGCAUGCUGCCAAAAGGGAUCGAGGAACACCCGUUCACGGUCAGCGCCGCCGGCCAGACGUACAAGCAGACAGAUCGGUUUGUGUACCUCGGACGUACCAUCUCCGCGGACGGGAAGGCCGACCGGGAGAUCACGAGCCGCAGCUGCCGAGCGUGGAAGUGCUACCGCCGGAACAGUGCUUCGAUGUACGACAGGCGACGGGCCAACCGCCAGCUCAAGAUCCGGCUACUCCAGGCUGAAGUGGUGGAGACUCUCCUGUAUGGUUGCGCCUCGUGGAGUCUAACAGCGGAGCACUACACGAAGCUCAAUGGGACCCACCGCCAGUUCCUCACACGGUGCAUCGGCUGGAGCAAGCGGAAACGCUCAGACCGCCCCCUGUCCUAUGCCCAGGCCCUCAUCCAGGCAGGCUGCGAGGAAACCAUCGAGGCCACCGUGCGCAAACGGAGACUGUGUUUCGCGGGCUUCGUUAUGCGCAUGGAGGACAGCCGCCUCCCCAAGCGCAUGCUGAUAGGAGCGAUGGCGGGGGGCGUGGGAUACCGGGGCGGGCAGGAGAGCGACUGGGUGUCUCGUCUAGGAGAGGACCUCGUGGCCUUCAACAUGGGAGACGAAAAGGAAGGGGGUAAAUGGAAAGAGAGCGCCACGGACCCGGAGGUGUGGUACAACAAGGUCGAGGACGGGGCGGCAUGGCUCAUGAGGAAAUGGCACAGGCAGGAGGCGGAAGCGUCCGCGAAGCGCCAGCGCGCGAGGGAAGCAGAAGCAGAGAGUACGGCCAUCUCAGGACCGAAGCGAAAGAGAGUCGGCGAAGCGGUGGUGGGGGGGAAGAAACGGCGACCGGGCACUGCUGUAGAAGCGAGUAGGGCGGCCGAGGCAGCGCUUGUGGCGAACUAUGUACCCGGCUGAUGUUGUUGCGCCCUGUUUCCCUCCCUGCUGUAUGCUAUACUCCUUUAUGUACGUCCUUUGUAUUGCCUUCGGCCUCUGUGCUGUGUUUCUUUUUUCUUUCAUGACCUCCCUGCCUACUCUGCUGUGUUGGGUACCUUGAUCUCGCCAUUGCUGUUGCCUUUGUUUUUGUACGUCUGGCUGUCUGCCCAUCUGCCGCCUCUUUGUCCUGUUUGCUCCGUUACUCCCAUGCCCUGGUGCGUAGUGCCUGGUGCUGGUAUGUUACCCUUUGAUUUUUUCUUUGGGCGGGUAUGGGAAGCGUCCUCCCUUUUUGUUGUUUUUGUUUUAUUUUGAUCGGUUUCCGAAGGCUCUUUUCUCGAAAGGUCGGUGCGAUACCUGUUCUUUUCUUUCUAUCAUUUUGUUUUCUUUUUCCGAGUGNGGUUUCCGAAGGCUCUUUUCUCGAAAGGUCGGUGCGAUACCUGUUCUUUUCUUUCUAUCAUUUUGUUUUCUUUUCCCGAGUGGCUUGCACCCUAUUUUUGUUUUGUUUCCCCGCGGCGUCGUAUGUGCCGGGUUUUGGGACCACGGGCUCCCCAUUUUUUGUGGACUACAGAGCUAAUAAUGUGAGAAACAACAACAACGUGGGUUGCAAAGAUAGAACGCUUCGUCGAACGCCAAUAUGGAUGCCCUCUACUCUGGGUGAGCGGAGAGUCCGGGUUUUUUGGUGGCUAUGUCCUGCCACUGGAGGUUAGCUAUUUCCUUUGGUGCAAUGUGGCGAGGGAUGCCAAGCGUGACCGAGCGAACUCAGUCAAGCUAGGGUGGUGCGGAGAGUGGGCGAGCCUUCGUGGACUUCUUUUCCCAUUCUUCUAAAGAUCCAUCAACCUUCGCAGCCGUUGGGGGUCGUAAGAGUUGGGGACCCUUGGAGAACAGUAAUCUAUUAUCACAUNCGAACGCCAAUAUGGAUGCCCUCUACUCUGGGUGAGCGGAGAGUCCGGGUUUUUUGGUGGCUAUGUCCUGCCACUGGAGGUUAGCUAUUUCCUUUGGUGCAAUGUGGCGAGGGAUGCCAAGCGUGACCGAGCGAACUCAGUCAAGCUAGGGUGGUGCGGAGAGUGGGCGAGCCUUCGUGGACUUCUUUUCCCAUUCUUCUAAAGAUCCAUCAACCUUCGCAGCCGUUGGGGGUCGUAAGAGUUGGGGACCCUUGGAGAACAGUAAUCUAUUAUCACAUGUUCCCUCAGAUCCUACUCUUUAUGUACGUGUAUCUGUGCUCCCUGAAUCUCCAUAUCCUGACCCCCACAUUCCUUACUGCUUCCUUUUAUUUUUUUUCUCUUUUUCUCUGUUUUCUCCUUUUCUCGCAUUUUUUUUCUCUCUUUUUUCUGUGCCAGAUGGCCUUGUCUCUGCUUGCGCUGUGACUACCAUGAUUGAACCAAGGGGCUGUACCUCUUUCUCUCCGGCCCGUUGUGAUGACUCCUAGUCUCAGUUGUUACCUCCCAUAGCGGGCAGAGGGAGUGGAGGACUCCAGAAUGUCUGUCGUUGAUUUCUAUUGACUGGCGGACACCUCGGGGCCAGUUUAUUUUGAGUAGUCUAUACCUUUUUUAGGAGAUGAAACACGAAAGAGUAGGCUUCGGAGGCGUAUGGUAUGAAAUAGUACUCUUUUUCUCAAUGAUGACUAGUGAUAAACCGGUGCAUUACUGCGACUAGACACAGAGUUAUUUACUUCCAAAGAACACAGAUAAAUGGACGAGCCCCGAUCCAUCUUGCGCAACAAGCAUAGGAUGUACGAGAGGGUGUUAAAAGGGUACCUGUACGGGCUAG